ACAACAAAUACCUACAAUUAUUUAUAUUAUAUUUUAUUUAAAUACUACAUGAAUCGAAUUAUUGCAGUCUGGCUGAAACAAAAAAAAAACACCAGAAAAUGCCGAGUACCGAUGUAACGCAUUUAAUAAAUGAAGAUCGGAGGUGAGUGAAGGAUUUGUUGAUAUUGCAUCUGUCAGUUCAUACGGAAACCAUGCAGACCUGUGAGCAAAUUUUGCAACAGGCGACUUCCGAACAAACGGCCACUUCUGAACAACCAUACGGGUGUAACGUUUGUGGCAAGCAGUACAUCUAUAGAAAAAGUCUUUCCAAACAUGUCUUGACACACUGCAGCGAACGUCCAUUCAGUUGUGAAAUUUGUGGCAAAACGUUUAUGUUUAAGCAAAGCGUUUCCAAACAUAUGCUUACUCACACGCAAAACUACGAUUACGCGUGUGAUGUAUGUGGGAAAGGAGUCUCGUCACGGUACUAUUUAGAAAAGCAUAAAAUAACUCACACCGGCGAGCGGCCGCACAAAUGCACGGAAUGCGACAAAACCUUUAUGCAUAAAUAUAAUCUAAAUUUACACCUACUACUUCACAAAGGGCGUUCUCCGUAUCAGUGUGAUAUGUGUGGCAAAAAAUUUCUACAAAAGGUCUACCUUAUCGAUCACUUCCGAGCGCAUCGCGGCGACCGACCUUUCAAAUGCGAAAUCUGUGGUAAAGAGUACCGUUUCAGAAUUCAACUCAAAUCACACAUGUCCAUCCAUACGGGUGAAUAUCUGUAUAGCUGUGAGGUGUGUAGAAAAGGUUAUAACACUAAAUUUGAGUUGAACAAACACAUGCUCAAUCACAACAGUGAAGUGAAAAGUUCCAUUAAGACGUUCGAAUCCUCAAGGUCAUACAAAUGUGAGCUUUGUGACAAACGAUUCCUGCGCAAACACCACUGUAUCGAGCAUAUGAAGGCAGAACACGGAGACCAGCGUUGCAAUUGCGAAAUCUGCGGUAAAGAGUUUUCUAAAAAGUCUAAUCUGAAUGCACAUAUGGUUUCUCAUACGGGUGCAUUCCGGUUCAAAUGUGAAUUGUGCCAUAAAGCAUUCAACUCUAAUUCCAAGUACAAAGUGCACAAAGUUACGCAUUCCGGUGAGCGACCGCACCAGUGUACUGUGUGCGGAAAAGGUUUCACCAUGAAGAAUAGCUUGACUACACACAUGUUUAUUCAUUCCGGUGAACGGCCGUUCAAAUGUACCGUGUGCGAUAAAGAUUUCAACCAGAAACAGAUCCUAGCAAGGCACAUGUUUACGCAUACGGGCGAUUUUCGACACAAAUGCGAUAUUUGUGGUAAAGGAUUCUUCUGCAAUAGUUUCCUAGUGAAACACAUGGUCGUCAAACAUACCGAAAAAGAACAGCGUAUGUGAGUUUUUUUUUAAAUAACACUAGAACAUUAAACUCGAUCAUUCCUAAACUAAAUUUUGACUCAAAUCACAAAUGCCAUUCGUAUACUGCAUGUUACAAGCCAAUUUAUUGAAAACAAAGCUUAUACCUAGAUCCUCUGAUGUAUGAGUCUCACAGGGAGAUAAUAUAUCAAACUGGUGUCCAGGCCACUAAACGAUUCAAUUGCUUAUUUCCCUCCUCCUUGUUGUUGUUGUUGUUGUAGUUUGUUCGAUUAUGGCUCGAGGAACAUUGCCUCAUAUCCGCCAACAGCUGUAUUAUAUUAGUUCCCAUGUAACGACAUAUCGUUACGCAUUU